AUCGCCUGCGCGCGGCCUCGUUGGCCGCACAGGCGCAGUGGCGCUCGGGCGGAGUUGUGUGAGUGGAGGAGGAAGAGGCGGUAGGGGGUACGGGGGCUGGUCCCAGAAGAUGGCGGAGGCGGGGGAUUUCUGGUAGGUCCUACUUUAGGACAAGAUGUGGUACUGUUGAAGCGUCAGUCUUUGAUUCACAGACAGUUGAGCUUUUCAGCUGGGAAGCCUUUCCAUUUUUUUUUUUUUUUUUUUUAAUGGCUUACUGAACCUAUGAAACCAUGGCAGAAGGAGAGACAGAGUCACCUGGGCCCAAAAAGUGUGGCCCAUAUAUUUCAUCUGUCACUAGCCAGAGUGUGAACUUGAUGAUUCGAGGAGUAGUGCUAUUUUUUAUUGGAGUAUUUCUUGCAUUAGUGUUAAAUUUACUUCAGAUUCAGAGAAAUGUGACGCUCUUUCCACCUGAUGUGAUUGCAAGCAUCUUUUCUUCUGCAUGGUGGGUACCCCCAUGCUGUGGCACGGCUUCAGCUGUGAUUGGGUUAUUAUACCCCUGCAUUGACAGACAUCUAGGAGAACCACAUAAAUUUAAAAGAGAGUGGUCCAGUGUAAUGCGGUGUGUAGCAGUCUUUGUUGGUAUAAAUCAUGCCAGUGCUAAAGUGGAUUUUGAUAACAACAUACAGUUGUCUCUUACACUGGCUGCACUAUCCAUUGGACUGUGGUGGACUUUUGAUAGAUCUAGAAGUGGUUUUGGCCUUGGAGUAGGAAUCGCCUUCUUGGCAACUGUGGUCACCCAAUUGCUAGUAUAUAAUGGUGUUUAUCAAUAUACAUCUCCAGAUUUCCUCUAUGUUCGUUCUUGGUUACCAUGUAUAUUUUUUGCUGGAGGCAUAACAAUGGGAAACAUUGGUCGACAACUGGCAAUGUACGAAUGUAAAGUUAUCGCAGAAAAAUCUCAUCAGGAAUGAAGAAGGCAAAAAAUAUCGUUUGUACAGAAAAACAAGAUGAAAAGGAUGUGAAAUGGUAGAUAUACAAACAAAACUUCAGACUGUAAAAUUGCCAGGAUGCAGUUUUCCCCUUGAUUGGCGUGUGUGUACAUAUGGAUAAGUAUAUAUAUACACACACAUAUUACUGCAAUCUGUGAUUGCUUCAUCUGUAAAUCAGUUGCAAACCUUUACGUAUUUGACUUAAAUAACUGUAAGAUAUAUAUGUACUACAUUAAAAAGUGUUGAUUAAUAGAUGAAAUUUUUAAAUUAAUUUUUUAAACAUGCCAUACAUUGUAUCACAAUGUUAAUGUGCCAAAAUAUUGUUCCUGUCAUGCAGAGUAUAAGAAUCCUUUGAACAAUUUGUAAACUUAGUGAAAUAAAAUAAGAGGAAAGCCAAAAACAAACAAACAAACAAAAAGCAUAUGGGGAGCUGGUAUUUUCUCUUUAGCUUACUGUUGUGCCUUUUUAUUUUUCUAAUCACAGCAGUAUGAGUUAUGAGUGCCCUAAUUUGUGGUUAGUUUCUAAUUUAAUGUUGUUUCAUAGAGUUUGGAGUGUUUUGAUACAGGGUGAAAAUGAACUUCUGGUUUCAAACCUGCAUUACUGGAGACAGCCCAAAGAGUAAUUUUCUGUUUUGACAGAUUUUACUGGAAGUAUAUGUGAUGAGCAGAAGAGGUCAUUAGCAUUAAAUUGUAUUGGUUCUAAAUUUGGAACAGUAUAUAUAAUUAAAAGUAAGGACCAUUAGAGGAUUUAAUUAGAAUAAAUACAUGUUUUGGAAAUACAGUGACCUCUUGCAGUGCCACAAAAGUGCAAAGUGAUACUAGCUGUCAUCAGCAAUACAGAAUCUCAUUGCUUUUGCACAUGGAGCAUAUAGGAAACUCCAAACAGAUCACAGUGAAGUUUCUAAUUCUGUUGGGUUCUGUCAUCUAUUGGGUUCUAUGAAGCAAACCACUGUAGCUUUAGCUGGGUUCAGUCAUAUGACUCAUUGUUAGUGGAAUGCCUAGUUUUUCAUCUUACAUGCAGUCUGGGGAGUAGAUGAAUACAUAAUUUCUUAUGUAUUCGUGUAUCCAUUAGUGAAUAGUUCAAGUCUGUUUAAGAAUGUAUUGAGAUGGCAUUCUCUGCAUGUUAAAGAUCUUGAUGGCAACCAGCACCUCUUAAGUAUGGUUUAAACAUAUUCUUAGCUAAUUUUUUCCAUUAGUUUUUGAAAUUGAUGGCAGUUGUCUGAUCCACAAGGGCAAGAUCUUCUGAGUACUCUGGGGUGUGUGUAUGUGUGCACGCAUGUGUGUUGGAGUGAGUGAGAGAACGUGUCUGUGCAUGUGGCCAUGCUUUCCUAGAAUGUCAAGUAGAUAUUUUUACACUUUGAGUUUUAAAACAAUUACUAUCAGACUGAGAUCUUGUAUGCCAAACUUUAAUCUGCUUUUAUGUUUUCAGGCUGAAGGAGUGAAAAUCCUAAGAGGAUUUCAUAUUGAAUAUGUGUACACAAUCUUAACUGUCGUGGUGGAAAACAUACUACUAUAAUUUAUUAUUAUAUCUUCCAGAUAAUGUUAUUCAUUUAGAGCAAAUAAGGUAUAUUUUUUAGAAUCAACUUUGUAAGCACUAUAAAAUCUUUAAUAAGUUAUAAGGUCUAUGAUGUGUUUACUUUAAAAAUUGCUAUUAAAAGCAACAUGUAUUAAAUAUGUAAUUAUCAUCUGGGUUAA